GGGUGACACUGGGGUUGGAUGCAUAGGUGGAAGAAGAGGAAGAAAGGUGUUCGAUUGCAGCGAUGAGGGAAGACUACGAGACUGAAGAAAAGAAGCAAGCUGCUGCUGAUGUUCUGUUUCAUUAUUCCAAAUUUGUUAUGGCGUGUAUUGGGAACCAAGUUCGACCCUGUGACUUGAGAUUGCAUUUGAUGAAGGAGGUUUCAGGGUUGCCCACAAAACUAAAGAAGGAAUCAGCUCGUAUGGCCACUUCCCCUGAUGCAGUGGGAGAGUCAUCCAGUUCUGGCACUUCCAGGCUUGACAAAACAGAGAGUUUUAGAGCACUGUAGUUGGAGGAAUGACUUGUUCAUUGCCUUUGCUAUACUGAUACCCAUGUGAGUUUCAUUUUCGAUUUUUAUUUGUUAUACCCAUGUAAGUUUCAUCAUGCCUUUGGGAGGCCAAUGAAAUGUAUUUGCAUACUAGCAGUUGUAUUUUCAUUCAUUACCGUCAAUGAUAAGUGAAUGCCAACCCAUUAUUCAUGUUAAA